CUCGGAUGCAAGCAAAUCGAGCUCCGGAAGUUGAGAACCCGAGAGUAUAGACCACUAAGUUGUUGAUCUCCAGGUAUGUCGGCCUUCCUCUCCCCUAUCCACCCUUUCCAUUUGUACAUUCUUCUAGAGAAGUAAAACCAUGGUCAUAUUCUCCUUCGCUACUGACUCAUUUUUUUUUUCAGUUUGCUCGAUCCCCUAUUUGAGUUUUGCUUUUCUGUCUGCUGAAAAAUCAUCUUCUUGCCUCUAUCGAUUUAAUCCAGCUGCUCAUCAUCACUUAAGAGACUCAUCUUUACACGUAAGGGUUUUGGUUGCUGGUGGUGGGGAGAGAACGGGGACUCUUGGAUUCGCGGUGACAAGUUAGGGUUUAGCUAGUAUCUCAAG